AUGUCUCACCAACUAGGAAGAGUAGUGUCCAUAAUUCUUCACCGAUAUUUUGGUGAUAUCGUACAAACAGUGGGUGAUGAUCUGUUCAAAUGUGGUAGUAAACCGAUUGGCAUGAUAGUAAAGACUACAGGGCUUUCUCGAGGACUGGUUAUAGAGAGUCUUCGCACAUUGCUUAAAUAUGACAUUGCUGCAUUUGAGCCCUCAGUUAACCAAUUGAUUGCUGAGUAUAAAUUGGUGCCGGAAAAUGUCCUUUUACUCAUCAGAUACCCAAGAUAUUUAUUGCAAGUGAAGAGCAAAUAUGGUAGCGAAGCAGAGUUACUGAUAGAGGAAUUACUGCAGCAGGCCACUUGCACAGCAACAGUUCUACUGGUCACUAUUGCUACCAAGUAUAAAGAUGACAAGGAGAAGAACAUAACAAUCAUGAGCCUUAAAGACAUGUUCAUCAGUUUGGCUACAGCAGGCUACAUCCAGCAGGCUCCUGUGGCUGAGCUAAAAGAAGGCAGUGAGAUCCCCACACUAGUACCAGUGGCUACCAUUGUACCGGAGUUGGACACUAGGAUAUUGCUGCAAGUUAUGAAUGCUGGGAACUUUAACGAUGUUAAAGACAAUAUUUAUUGGAAAGUGAACUACGACAGAUUUCACCAGGAUUUCAGAGAUGAACUAAUGAUAAAGGCCAUCACACGACGGAUUGAUGAAAAUGCGGGGGAACUAAUGCGUUUCCUCCUAGAGCAAAUGUACCUGAAUUCACCGGCCUGGGCGCCGGAAUCGAACCCGGUGAGCGCGCUGGACGUACGCGACCGAUGUCGCCGCGCCGCUACCGACAAGCCCCUCUUGCAGCAGUAUGUCGAUCAGUACUUGAAGGUUUUAGAGGAGAGCGGCGGCGGGUUCGUGCGGCGGUGCGGCGACGCGUCGGGCGGACAGUUCUGUGUGCGCGCGCGCGCCGCCGCGCUGCAGCUCGUGCGCGCCGCGCUCGACCACCUCGUCACCGAGCGCCUCGGCUCCAAGGCCGCCAGGAUCUUCAGAUUAAUACGUACUAAGAAGUACAUAGAAGAAGAAGACAUACAGAAGAAUGCUAUGCUAGUGAACAAAGAGUGCAAACAGCUCACGUAUAAACUGUUAGAGGAACAUUUCAUCAGUUGUCAGCCAAUGCGAAAAGCGGCAACCGCCGGAGGGAUGGCGAAAGCCAUCUACUUAUAUCACAUAAAAUUACACGAGGUGGCGCACACGGCGCGGGAGAUGUGUUACCGCUCGCUGCACAACGUGUCGCGGCGCGCGCUGCACGAGCGCACGCUGCACGCGCGGCUCGUCGACAAACAGAAGCGCGUGCGCACCAUCGUGCACGGCAUGCGGCUGCGCGGGGAGCCGCAGGAGAACAUCGAUGACGUGGAAGAGACCCUGACCCCACCAGAACAGGCCGUGCUGCAAGGAGUAGAGAAGAGACUGAAGCAACUCAGUACGGCAGAACUCGAACUCGAUAAAAACUUGUUCAUAUUCAAUUGGUACUUCACGUAUCCAGAAACGUAA